UGAAGCACAAGUGUACAGAGUCGCACGACAGCGUUUCUACUUGCCACAGCACAAAUUAGAAAACGACCUUUCUUCCCGUUUUGCCCAAUCUGCUCGGUCGCUUCCCCUCUACAGCAAUCAGCUUCUAAAUUCUGAUCCAAAUAAUCAUCCAAAAAGAUCCUCUUUGCAGGAAAAAUGGAGAUGGAAACGGACGCGCUUCCCAACGGCAGCUCUGCAUCCUCAACCACCGGUUCCACCACCUCGGCCCCCGCCACACCCACCGCCGCCAUUACUGCCGGAGCCGUUUCGGCCUCGGCGCUUCCAUCAUCUAAGCUAACUCAACUGGCGGAGUCUCUAAAACUCGAGCACCAGUUCCUUCGUGUCCCAUUCGAGCACUACAAGAAGACGAUCCGUGCUAACCACCGCAUCGUUGAGAAAGAAGUCUCCGCCGUCAUAUCCGGCGUCGCUGAAGCCGCCGACUCCGCUGAACUCUCCCGUGAUGAUGCUGUUCAGCAACUUAAUUCACUCGUUUCUCGAUUACAAGGACUCAAGCGGAAGUUGGAAGAAGGAAGUAGAACAGAGCACUUGCAAGCGCAGAGAUGCCGAGCACGACUGGACCAUUUGGAGUCUGCUGAUGCAGAAAAUUUAUCGGAAUGGAACAAUAUCCGUCUGAAGCGGAUACUGGUUGACUACAUGUUGCGCAUGUCAUAUUAUGACACUGCUAUUAAGCUUGCAGGAAGCAGCAGUAUUCAGGAUUUUGUUGAUAUUGAUGUCUUUUUCGAAGCAAAAAAAGUCAUUGAAGCUCUUCAAAGCAAAGAGGUGGCUCCUGCUCUUGCCUGGUGUGCUGAUAACAAGUCCAGACUGAAGAAGUCAAAGAGCAAAUUUGAGUUUCAGUUGAGGUUACAAGAAUUUAUAGAGUUGGUAAGAGCUGAAAACAAUAUGCGAGCAAUUACGUAUGCGCGCAAGUAUCUAGCGCCAUGGGGAGCCACCCAUAUGAAAGAAUUGCAGCGGGUCAUGGCCACACUUGCUUUUAAAAGUAAUACUGAAUGUCCAACUUACAAGGUUUUAUUUGAAGCAAAGCAAUGGGACUACCUAGUCGACCAAUUCAAGCAGGAGUUCUGCAGGUUAUAUGGCAUGACACUAGAGCCUUUGCUGAACAUAUAUUUGCAAGCAGGCUUGUCUGCUUUGAAAACUCCAUUCUGUUAUGAAGAUGAUUGCACAAAGGAGGAUCCUCUCUCACAAGAGAGCUUCCGUAAAUUAGCUCUUCCACUUCCAUAUUCAAAGCAGCAUCAUUCAAAACUUGUUUGCUACAUUACCAAGGAACUGAUGGAUACUGAGAAUCCGCCACUAGUCUUGCCGAAUGGAUAUGUGUACAGCACUAAGGCUCUCGAGGAAAUGGCAAAGAAGAAUGAUGGAAGGAUUACAUGCCCAAGGACAGGCCUAGUCUGCAACUACACUGAGGUGAUCAAAGCAUAUAUUUCAUGAGACCCAUUCUAAAACUGAUCGGGUCCAUACAAGUGAUUGGCGACCUGUUCUUCAGCCUGUAGUUUCUCUAUUGAAUGCUGAUUGUCUGGCAUCUGGUCAUGUCAGGUACUGGUCUGGGUGCUUGUUUUGAUGCCCCGACCUACAAUUUGAUACAUACAAAUGUACAUAUGCCAAGUACAUCCCCCUUAGGUUUGUAAUUAUUAGUUAAGAUCUUUAUUUAAAUCUUGAGGUAGUUGAGUAAAGCUUUUCACUUGAUGCCGAUGGUGUAGCAUUGGCUAAUAGAGCUCUUAUCUGUAACACACUUCCAUCCAAAUAGCGGAACACAAACUAAACUCCAUUCUGAACCUUUGCAAAAACAUAAAAUAACGACUUGUUACUGUGAGUUACCUCGGCUCUAA